CCGGGUUAGUGGGGCGCAUGCGCGCCGCCCGGCGGCCGGUCAGGGUACAAGAUGUCGGCGCAGGGGGACUGCGAGUUCCUGGUGAAGCGGGCCCGCGAGCUGGUGCCGGGGGACCUGUGGGCUGCCAAGGCCUGGCUCAUCACUGCGCGGAGCCUCUACCCCGCAGACUUCAACAUCCAGUAUGAGAUGUACACUAUUGAGAGGAAUGCUGAAAGGACAGCGUCUGCGGGCAGACUGCUCUAUGACAUGUUUGUGAAUUUUCCGGAUCAACCUGCUGUGUGGAGGGAGAUUAGCGUUAUUACAGCAGCGUUAAGGAGCGACUCACAGGACAAGCAGACACAAUUUUUAAGAGGAUUAUUUGAAACCCUUCCUGGUCGGAUCCAAUGUGAAAUGCUACUGAAGGCUACAGAACAGUGUUUUAACACAUUAGAAAGGGCAGAAAUGCUACUACUACUUCUGCGACGUUUCCCAGAGACUGUGGUGCAACACGGGGUAGGCCUUGGAGAAACAUUAUUAGAUGCUGAAAGUAUUGAAGACCAAGAAUCCCCAGUGAAUUGUUUUAGAAAAUUAUUUGUUUGUGAUGUUCUUCCUCUGAUAAUUAACAACCCUGAUGUUCGUCUUCCUGCCAGCUUGUUAUAUAAGUACCUGAAUAAAGCAGCAGAAUUUUAUAUUAACUAUGUAACUAGAUCUACGCAGACAGAAAGCCAAUAUCAAGGUUCACAAGACUCCUCUGAUAUUAUGUCUCCAAGCAAGCGUAGCUCUCAGAAAUAUGUAAUAGAUGGUCUCACAGAGAAAUCUUCACAGGUUACAGAUCCUUGGGAGAGGCUAUUUAAAAUAUUGUCUGUGGUGGGAAUGAGGUGUGAAUGGCAAAUGGAUAAAGGAAGAAGAAGUUUUGGUGAUAUUUUACAUCGAAUGAAAGACCUCUGCAGAUACAUCAGUAACUUCGAUAGCGAUGCACACAUUAAGUAUAAGAAUCAAGUAGUGUAUUCCACAAUGCUGGUCUUCUUUAAGAAUGCAUUCCAGUAUGUCAGCAACAUCCAGCCGUCACUCUUUCAAGGUCCAAAUGCUCCAAACCAAACCCCACUGGUUCUUCUUGAGGAUGUGACCAACAUCUAUGGUGAUACAGAUAUUGAUCGUAACAAACACAUACACAAAAAAAGGAAACUUGCUGAGGGAAGAGAAAAAACAAUGCAGAGCUCAGAUGACGAGGAUCCUUCUGGGAAGGCACGAAGUCGACAUAUUACAGUAAACAAGGCAGAUCUUGCAAACUCUAUUGAAGUAUUAGAGAGCUUUAAACUGGCAAGAGAGAGCUGGGAGCUGCUCUAUUCACUGGAAUCACUAGACAAAGAGUUCACUAGAAUUUGUUUGGCAUGGAAGACAGACAGCUGGCUUUGGUUAAGAAUCUUUCUUACAGACAUGAUCAUCUACCAGGGGCAGUACAAGAAAGCAAUUAGCAGCCUACAUCACUUAGCAGCUCUUCAGGGCUCUCAUUCUCCACAGCAAAUUACAGGUCAAGGAUCACUAGAAAAUCAGAGAGCACUAAUCCAGUUAGCAACAUGCCAUUUUGCCCUUGGAGAAUACCGGCAAACCUGUGAAAAAGUGCUUGACCUCAUGUGCUGUAUUUCACUUCCAAUACAAGAAGGAGGUAGAGUACAAGAGGAGCAACCUAAAGUGAAGUCUAAAUUCAGGAAAGGGUCUGAUUUGAAGCUUUGGCCAUGUACCAGUAAAGCGAUCAUGCCUUACUGCCUUCACCUAUUGCUAGCUUGUUUCAAGCUCAGAGCUUUCACAGACAGCAGAGAUGAUAUGGCACUGGGCCAUGUAGUUGUUCUGCUUCAGCAUGAGUGGCCAAGGGGUGAGAACUUGUUCCUGAAAGCCAUCAACAAAAUCUGCCAACAAGGAAACUUCCAGUAUGAGAAUUUUUUCAACUAUGUCACGAAUAUUGAUAUGUUGGAGGAAUUCGCUUAUUUAAGAACACAGGAAGGAGGGAAAAUUCAUCUGGAACUGUUACCAAAUCAAGCAAUGUUAAUCAAGCUCUAGAUUUUCAGUCUCUUAUCCUCAUUGCUUAUAACCAGCUGCAUGAAAACAAGAAUCAGGAUAUGCUGUACUACGUAAGAUGUUAAUAAGCUUUGUCAGCAAGAGGGCUUAGCACCCACGACUAUGUCUGGUAACUUCUUAGCUGCUAUCUCAAGUUAGUUGCAAUAAUUCAGUGCUAUUUCUUUGAGUCAUGGCUUUUAUUUUGAUUGGUGUGGUAGCUCUUACUUAUAGUUGUGACCCCACCAGUCAGGAAGUAUGUAGUGAGCAGCAUCUCUAGCAAGAUACAAAUCUCUCUUUGACCUCUUUUUGACCAGUGUUGUUUCCUGAAUUAGGGAAAUGCUUGAGAAGUCCACUUCCAUUGCUUUUCGAACCGAAAUGGUUAAAUAUAGCAUCCAGCCAGAAAAGCCGUGUACAGUGUCUUUUAUGCAGCUGAGAUGUGUAGGACAGGAACCACUUCAUCAGAGAGCUGAUGGGAGGGAGAGUGUGGGGUGCAGGCCUCUACUUGGAGAUGCCAUCUACUCCCCUAGUACCCCAGGCAGAUUUUUAGCUGGGUGGCUGUGAGGCUCAGGAUGGUGUCACCCAGAGGUAUUGGCCUCAGGAGCACUGAGGCCUCCCCACACUACGAUUUUAGGUAAGUGUGCUGGCACAGCUGUUUCUUGGAACAGUGGUUAGUAGGCUCAAAAUCUGAUGUUUCAAAACUAUCACUGGUUCUGGUUGUAUGAGCUGCUGCACCAACCUCCCAAUAAUGAGCAGAGGCAGCUCAGAUACUGUGCAGUCACAAACAGGAAGACUCAGUCUGAAGUUUGCCACAGCAGUGCAAAGACAAAGCAGUUAUUCCUUUGCCUAAUCUUUCCUCAGCAUGACUGUACAUGGCAAUCCUGCAUUUUCAUUGAUGGAAAAUGUAUUACAGCUAUUAUAUGUUUUUUAUAAGGAUAGCUUCUUGUUUUAUGACUUAUAGGACAUUUUCUCCCCAGGUGAAUUUCACAUUCUUCUUCCAGUACUUUUCCUCAGUACUUACACUUUAUAGGAAAUUAUAUACAUUUUUCCAAACCCAGGAGGGCAAACUGCAAGGUGGUUUUCAAAAGCUGAAGUAAGAUAUUUGUAACCUGCAGACUUGCAAACAAGUCCUGCAAAAUAUAUAUGCAGCUUGUAAAAGCUCCCUUUGCUUGUAUCCGCUGUAAGAAUAUGAAGGUCCAUGGUUUUGGUUUUAUCCUUAUGACACAGCCAGUUCGUUCUGUUUGCAGCAUCAGCGAGUCUCGAUGGUGAGCUCUGAAUUCAGCCAGAGUGCUUUGGAACUCCAUUCUAGACAAGCCAAGUUUCAUAUUUCUGCCGUGUCUGUGGUGGCAGUGUUAGCUAGUGAUGUG